GCUGCCCCGUGGGCAGGAGGGAGAACACAGCUCCCGCUGCCCCCCCGGAGGGAGAGGAGCGCAGGCGAAGGGCUCUGGGUUCGUUGUUUUCUCCUCUCCAUCCCUGUCCCUGCACACCCCCUGGCUGGGUGCUGUGCCCUGGCAGCUGCUGUAGAUGUCCCCAGAGCAGCGGGACAGAGAUGGGGACACAGCCCGUGGCUUCCCGGGCACCGGUGACAACCUGUAGCGUCCCCGGGAGCGGGGGGUCCCUGCGUGUUGCUUAACAGGACAGGACCCGCAGCACCUCCGCGGGGGGCUCGGGGGGUCCUUCCAGCGCUGCUGCCAUGCGGCUGCUCCCCCUCCUCCUCCUCCUCUUCCUCCUCCUGAUGCUGACAUCGCUUCUCUGCGCUGCUGCGGAGCCUCCCCUGCCCCUCUCUGGGGGGCAGACGUGUCCCCUGGGGCAGUUUCCCUGUGGCAACCUCCCAGCCUGCCUGCCCCAGGCCCUGCACUGCAACGGGGAGGAUGACUGCGGGAACGGCGCCGACGAGGAGAACUGUGUGGAUGACAGUGGCUGGCUGCAGGUCCUGGGUGACAUGCUGGCAGUGAGGAACAGCAGGGUGCUGCUGGAAGAGGAGGGCAAUGCCUGUGGGCUGGAGCUCUUCCCGCAGCAGUGCCAGUGCCAGGGAAGGGCUGUGGACUGCACUCAGCAGGACCUGGCCACUGUCCCCUGGGUGUCCUCCAAUGUCACCAGGAUGGACCUAAAGAAAAAUAAAAUCCAUUCUUUGCUGGACAAUCAGUUUGCCAGGUACAGGAGCCUAAAGAAGCUCUUUUUACAAAACAACAAGAUCUGGUUGAUCUCAGCCAGAGCCUUCGCUGGGCUCUCUCAGCUCAAAAUGUUGUUCCUCAGUCACAACAGGAUCAGGCAGCUGCAGCCCCGGGUGUUUGAGGAUCUGCAUCGCCUGGAGUGGCUGAUGCUGGACAACAACAGGAUUGCCCAGAUUGUCCCCAAGGCGUUUGCAGGGCUGAAGUCACUGUAUUUCCUGUACCUGCUGAACAACUCGGUGGGCAGGCUGCCCAACACCUCUCUCUGUGCAGAGCUGCCCAAGCUGAGCUGGCUAGAGCUGGAGGGAAACAGGAUCCAGGUGCUGCACAGAGCUGUCUUCCAGGAGUGCCACGAGUUCACAGUGCUGGUCCUUCGCAGGAACAAGCUCCGGUGGAUCCAGGAGGGAACGUUUUCCCGGCUGAGCAGGCUGGUGGAGCUGGACCUGUCCUCCAACAGCCUGGCCCAGAUCCCCUCCUGGCUCUUCACUGGGCUGUCCCAGCUCCAGCAGCUGAAUAUUUCCUACAACCCCUUGGAAGAGCUCCUGCCCGGCCCGUUUGAGAGCCUGUCCCAGCUCCGCUCCCUGAGCUUGGAAGGUCUGGAGAUCCCCAACAUCCACAACCUGACCUUCCAGAAGCUGACCAACCUCUCCCACAUCUACUUCAAGAAAUUCCAGUACUGCAGCUCCGUGCCCCACGUGCGCAGCUGCAAGCCCAACACCGAUGGCAUCUCCUCCCUGGAGAACCUCCUGGCCAGCAUCAUCCUCCGUGUCUCUGUCUGGGUCAUCGCCUGCCUCACCUGCUUGGGAAACCUCUUUGUCAUCUGCAUGCGGUCCCUGGUGGCAGCUGAGAACAGCCAGCAUGCCAUGGCCAUCAAGUCCCUCUGCUGUGCAGAUGGCCUGAUGGGCAUCUACCUCUUCAUCAUCGGGGCCCUCGACCUCAAGUACUCAGGGGAGUACAACAAGCAUGCCCAGGGCUGGAUGGGCAGCCUGCAGUGCCAGCUGCUGGGCAGCCUGGCCAUGCUCUCCUCCGAGGUCUCUGUCCUGCUUCUGACCUACAUGACCCUGGAGAAAUACUUCUCCAUUGCCUUCCCAUUCAGCCACUACAGAGCUGGCAAGAAGCAGACCAUCUCGGUGCUGGUGGCCAUCUGGCUGCUGGGCUUCUCUCUCAGCAUCGUCCCCCUGUGCUGCAAAGAGACCUUUGGGAACUACUAUGGAAGGAACGGGGUGUGCUUCCCACUGCAUUCUGACCUGGCUGAGCUGCCCAGUGCCCGGGGCUACUCCACCACCAUCUACCUGGGCUUGAAUCUUGCAGCCUUCAUCACCAUCGUCUUCGCCUACUCGGGGAUGUUCUACUCCAUCCACACCACAGCCUCCAGGACAGGGGAGGGAGGUGUCUGCUCCCGGGAAGUCGCCAUCGCCAAGCGGUUCUUCUUCAUCGUCUUCACAGAUGCUCUCUGCUGGAUUCCCAUCUUCCUCCUCAAGCUGCUCUCCCUGCUGCAGGUGGAAAUACCAGGCACCAUCACCUCUUGGGUGGUCAUCUUCAUCCUGCCCAUCAACAGUGCCCUGAAUCCCAUCCUCUACACCAUCACCACCACCUCCUUCCAGGAGAAGGUGAAGGGCUGCCUGCGGGGCAAGCAGCUGGAGCUGCACCAGUCCCACCCCAGCUUCACCCUGGUGACCCUGCAGGCCAGCAGCACCUGACCCCGCCCAGCCCCAGGAGAAAGCAGGAGGGGGUUGAAGAGAAUGAGCAUGAAAGUUUCCUCACCAGCCAGAGGAUAUCGUUAGUACUUUAUUAAUUACAUGGAUGGGAAGGGCUGUCCCCAUCCAAGUCACUCAGGCUGUUGCAGCUGCAUAUGAUACAAAACAUGAGUCCCUUAAAUAGGAAAUACAGGUCCUUGAGGUGAGCAUCACCUGGCACUGAGCUCUGCUGCCAGAGUUAUAUAUUAAUAUUCCAACUGUACAAGUAUUUAUAGAUAGAAAAAGAAAAACAACAAACAUUUUUAAAAAAAUAUCAGGAGAAAAAUCACUC